AUGACCCUGGGUAUGGGGGCUGGGCCACGUGAUCCGACCAGGCCCGCUGGCGCCUUGGCGCAUGAUGCAAUACCCCAAAUCCAGCGUAUCUCUGAGAACGGGCGCUUCAGCCUCACCACUUGCCCGAAUAGGCAACCGAUUUCGCCGCCUUCCCGCUUCACUCUCUUCACCACCUGCGCACGGGCGCCCUUUGCAAAACCACCUGACAACCUGACAACUCCGCUCCUCUGCAUAAAACCCUCCAUCGCCUCCUCAACUUUUGAACUCGGAGUCAUCGCUGACUGGGCAGAAAUACUAGUUCUCCGAUCGUCAAUCCAUCCUUCUCUCACUCCCGUCCGCCACGCAUCCGCAUCUGCAGGCGCAACUAUGACGACGUCGACACCAGCCGGCCUCCACCGCCGUCUUCUCCACGACAUCGCCGAGAUCCAGCAAGACCCCUACCCAAACGUGCACCUCCACAUCAACCCAACGGACAUCACCACAACAUGCCUAAUCCUCACGCCCAGCGAGCAUGAGCAGCCGCUGCACCUGACCAUCACGUUCCCGGACAACUAUCCGCUGCGCGCGCCCAGCGUCACCAUCCAGAGCGCCGUCGACCACCCCAACGUUUUCAAUAACUACAUCUGCGCGUCGAUGCUCAACACGGCCGAGGGUUGGACGCCGGCGUACACGCUCAAGGGCAUCGUCAUCCAGCUGCUGAGCUUCUUCUCGAGCGAGGUGAUAGAGCAGGACUAUGGGGGUGUGGUCGAGCUUUCGACUUACCGGGCUGAGAGCCGCGCCCAUGAGGAUUAUCGACGCGCCCGGCAUCAGCAUUACUGCAGCACGUGCGGCUUCGGCGCUUCGUGGACUCCGCAGCCGCCGCCGCCGGAGGAGAAGAAGAAGUCCGUCGCUACGUCCCAGCAGCUCUCGCGCACCACGACUACCUCGAAGCUCUUCGACCUCCCGGACGAAGUAAUCCUGCUCCUACUCUCUCACCUCCCCACCUCCGACAUCCUCUCCCUCUCCUCCGCCCUCCCCACCAUCGCACACAUGCUGCACUCCUACGACUUCAUCCGCAUCCGCGAACUGCAAUGCUUCGUGCUCAAGAAGUCCUUCCUAGCCACCAACCUCGGUAUCGGCAUCAGCCUCCACAGCAGCAGCGGGGGCAAGCGCGCCGUCUUCCGCUCGGAAUUCGACCUCCUCUCAGCCUCAGCCUUCACCCAGUUCCGCGUGCGCAAGUCCAUCCAAGGCGUCCCCUUCACGCACUGGCUGCCACUCCCCCUCUCCCAGCGGCACUGGAACGCCGUGCGGCGCGACGCAGCACUAAGCCUGGAGAAGCUGCACGCCGCAGCGCGGCUCGAGGGCAGCCAGCCGGUCGACGUGCUGUUCCACUUCAUGACCACCAUCGUGGUGCAAUUCUCCGCGGACGCAGACCGUCCCUCCAACGCCCACGCGGCAGACGCGCGCAGCACGCUCACGCACGCCUCCGAAAAAGCCGUAGACUCGUACUUCGCGCUGUUCCACCUACUCCUCUGCCUGGCGACCGAAGACCCCGUGCUCAUCACCUCCGCGAACCGCACCGUGGUGCGCUUCCUCGCGGGCCCGCGCGGAAAAGCACACUUCCCCGACCUCGGGCACCUGCUCGUCGCCGCGCUGCUGUCCGACGCGGGCCUCACCGAGACGCUCGUCUUCCACAUCAUCAAGGAAGCGGUCCUGCGCAACGUCGUCUGGAUGCUGGACGCGCGGGGCGCCGGGCACGCCGAGCUCGCAUAUCUCGAGCCCGGGUGCGAGUCAGACUACCGGCUCAGCAGGACGUUCGAGGCGGGCCGGACGUCCUACCGGCUGCUGAUGUUCCUCAAACUCUUCAGCAGCACGGCGCGUACGCCCGACACGUCCCUCGCACAGCUGCGCGACGCGCUGUUCGCGACGCACGGCGCGCCGCCGCCCGGCACGUCCGCGGCGAUGGCGCGCCAGAUCCGGCAGAUCCGGGCGAUCAGCGAGUUCCCGGGCUUCCUGGAGGCGAUGGGGAUCAGCGAGAUGCCGACGAAGGACGAGUUUGGCGCGUUCUUGAAGCGCAGCGUGGAGGAGAGCGUGGAUGCUGGGUACUCGGUUAUGCCGAUGACGCAGAGCCAGCUGUUUAUGAUACGCCGGGUACGGGAGCCCAGCGUGGACGCGAGCGCGGAGGUGGAGAUUACGCCGGCGUUGGAGCGGUGGUUUGAGAUGGGCGAGAAGUGGUAUCGGAAUGGGUGGGAGGGGAGGCCGAGUUUCUUCCCGGGGCGGGGUGGGAAUGGAGGGCGGGGACGGGGACGGGGACGGGGUGGUUGGAGGGGGAGAAGGGGUGGUUGA